UUGGCUGUUUACCAACAGAUGGCAGUGAUGAUGUUUGUAGCUGUAACCAAUAGUGGUGUGGAGGAAGCACACUCCUCGCUUUCCAAUUAUUCCAUUUUUUUCGAGUUUACACGUGUGAUGCAGACUCGGUGCCGUGCCUAAGUGAUGUGGAAGUAACGCACGAGUGUAUCAUGAACGAGGACAACGAAGAAGAGAGUGUAGAGACUGUUAAUAUGCCCGAAAGGCCCGCAGUAAGCCUAACAACCGCGGCCCUCUUGGUUCAAUGAUUGUGAAGCAACCCAAACUUGUAUUGGUCUGCGGACGAUGGUUUCUCCCUCUAAAAAGAGGCAGAUAAAGGGUAGAGUGCCGACAGGACAUAAAAGUGAGCGUAAAGGUAAAUGUGGGGACAAAUCCAGUAGCAAACUACCAUACAAGCCUCUAUCAAAUAAGAAGUUUUACUUGGACGUGAAAGGUUACAGAAGUAUUGCCGCCAUCACAGCAGAUAUACACAACCUUGGAGGGAUCGUUGAAGACUUCUUGAGUCGGGAUGUCAACUAUGUAAUAACUACUCGUGGAUACCAAACAGCUGGCGGAUCAAGCAGUGAACAACAGCCAUCACCCAGUGGUGUUCCAAUCGCUUCCCCCCUCACUCCACAUCAGCCUCAGUCCUCCCUACCCUCCACCUCACAUGAUUCACCACUGAAUAAUAUUGAAUCUCCUAGAGAAGAUACGGGCAAAAAACGUAUUAGAACUAGAGCUGAAGUGCUCUUGGAACGGGCCUGUGUGCGCCGCCAAGGCACCAGUGACGUCCUUGAAAACGCUCGGUUGUGGAAUGUUCCUGUGUGGCCAUUGGCCAAACUUCUCAAGUGGUUAUCUGUAUUAAAAGAAAAUGACCGAUACAGACCACCGAAGACACCGAGCACCAUAACGUCUAAAGGAUCGUCGUCUUUGGCAAAAGUUCAACGUUUAAGAAUUCCUUUUAUUAAAACAGAAUCCUUUAGUAGACAAUACAAGCCACUCUUUAAAGAAUUACCUGUUUGGCCUCAACUGAACCUGUCAAAUCCACCAGGUGUAUCACCAUUCGCUGAUCCCAAGCAAACCAAAGCACGUCAAAACCCAAAGACAACUUCACCACAUCGAGACGAUCAUAGAGAAAAGUUUGUCCCAAUAGCCCGUGACCUGCACAAGUUCGUUGAUUUAGCUGUUUUUGAUUCUUCAUAUCUGCAGUCAAGUUGUAGACCUGGGUUUUGGGCAUGCCAACAUGGGUCUGGCAGCUCAUUCUCUUCCAGCUUUUCACGCGCCUGAGGCGGCGCACUGUGAUGUGAGCCGCCUGACUAAUGGUUGAUAUCCUUCUUGCCCUGUCUCCAAUUCCUUUCGUAAUGGAUACUACUGUCACGGGAACACAAAAGAUCGAAAUCGUGGAACAAAAGUUAAGGACAGUGGCUACUGCGAACUGUGUAGUACCAACUUUACCAAUCUACGUCUUCACUUGCAGUCGGAUACGCACAUAGCAUUUGUGAAAAACGACAAAAAUU